AUGACUAAAGACAAGGUGGAUGCGAGAAAAGAUUUGUGCAUUAUCUUACAGUUUACGGAAAAUCAAAUUCCUCCCGAACCUAUUCUCUCUCUGAAGCUAAAAACCUCUUUAGAAAGGGAAGACAACUCCUACACCGACCAAACUCCACAGACAGGUUUAGACUUUGUUCACUUCCGUAAAAGCUGUAAGCCGCCAUGGACUGAAUACAACCACCAUUGUUACUUGAAAGGUCAGACGGAGGUCACGUGGGCGGAAGCUAAGGCGGAAUGUGAAGACAUGUGCUCUCAUCUGGUGGUCAUUGACAACAUGGAGGAAUCAAACUGGCUCGCUAAGGCGUUUCUUCGAAAAAACAACUGUCCUACCGACAUAUUUGCUGACUGUACUGCCUGGACAGGCGGAAAUGACCUUGAAGUUGAAGGUCAAUAUCGCUGGAAUAACUCCAAUGUGACUAUGAUCUUUACCUAUUGGUCUCCCAACGAACCAAGCCUCAGUAAACCAUCAGCAGCUUACACCAGAGACUGUAUUGAUCUGCUGAAAACUGCCAAGUGGAAUGAUAGGCCAUGUUCCUAUCUUAAUUCUUUUAUUUGUGAGAAAUCUUAUUAACUUUAGAUAAGAUGUACAGCGUAUGU